CAAAGCUGAACACAAGAGAAAAACUCCUUUCCCCGGGGAGUCGGAAGGAAACUGGGCAGCAGAAAGAAAAGUUAAUUGCUUUAACACACACCCAAACUAUCGCAAGGAGAGAAUCAAUUCAAGUCCCACUCUAGAAAAAGCUGUAAUUAAAAGGAAAAAAAGAAAAGACCUUGCUAGGAGGAGAUGCACAGAGGAAGCGAGCAACAAGUGCUGGCACUUGAGUGCUUCGGGGAGUUUGCACCAGCGGCUGGCUCAGCUUGCGGUGGCUCCUCGCCGCCCGCCCUCCCUCUCUGGCACACAUGUAACACGAAACUUCAUAUCUCCAGGACAACCAAUAACAAAAAAAAGGCAGAGACAACAGCUGGCUGUCAGCAGCGGAGCAGAGAGGAGCCGAGCGAGGAGCGAGACACAAGCCAGGAUGAGGGGAGAGAUGACAUGAGAGUUUAAGAAGACAGAAAGAAAAACAACAGGAGAAGAGUUUGCAGCGCGGCUGGGAGCCAAGAGAAGAAGACACAAAUCACUUCACCUCUGCCUGCACCGCCAUCUCUUGGAAUGGAAACAAAACUGGAAACCUGCUGACACAGAAUCCCGCAGUACUGUGCAAAGGACAAAGAGCCAUUUCUGGAGCAGCUCGCUUGGGCAUAAAGCCUGGAGAGGUUGAGCCAGAAUGUCUUCUGAAGGCUUUCUGAAGGAAAUGCAAACCAUCGGUGAGAAGUUUCUCCUUAAGCUCCAGAAACUGCCCAAGGCUGACCCGGUGGAGAUUGUGUCCUUUUGUGUGGUUCUCCUGUUUAUCGCUACUGUUCUGCUGCUCAUGAUCAUUGCCUGCAGUUGCUGCUGCUAUAGCUGCUGUAGCUGCGAUGGACGUCCUGACAACAGACGUAGGAAGAUCCAAGUCCGCCCAGCUGCCCAUUCAUGAAGUGCAACGAGGUUACACAACCUACUACAAAGGACGUGCAUGGACAUCAUGAUUCAGUCCUAUGGGAAUGACUUUCUACACUAGGUCACUGAAAAUGGCAAUAACAAUAUUAAUUAAUAUGACUCAGAGGACCAGAAAUCACAGCAUGGAAUUCCUUCUUUCUGUGACAGCCACUAGUGGGCUCUGUGGUGUGACCAGAACGGUAGCGCUACUUUACCAUCACUGCCUCCCUCUUCUAGGGUGGGGUGGGGGGGCAUGGACAUAUGCUGCUGAGAAAACAGACAUGCUUUCCCAGUGACAGCCCGGCAGCUGGGCCAGCCAAGGAUUCCCUUUGGGAGCAUGGAGCCGCAGACCAAAGCAGAGAACACUUACACUGCCGCAUGCUAGGCAGCGCCUGUUCUCUUCACAAGUGGCUAAUCCAGAAGGAUGGUGCUGGGCGCUAGCAAAACCCACUGACAUCACUGGGAGGUUCACAUGCUCAGUACAUCUUGGAUCAAGCCCAAACCUGCUCUCUCAAAAGCCACUGCAACAGACACGUUUAGCUGGGAUGUCUACGGAAAACAACAAAUUGCGGACCUUCUGAUCCAGAGGCGCCAGCUGAGGCUCUGAGUACAGCUGGUAACAAAUGCUUCCUCCUUUCUUUCAUCAGUGUUACAAUGAUGUGAAAUUGCCAAAGAGAAAAAUCAGAUCAUGUGCAAUACCCUUUGUAAACAGAAGGAUGAAGGCAAAAGGGAAAAACUCACCAAUGCUACAGCUUAAUUUGACCAUUCUGCUGCUAAACGUGCUCCCUCCCCACUCCCCGUGUGGUUCUGCUCUUCUGCUUAUUGCAGGUGAAUGGUACUUACAGAGUACGGGAGUCACAGGAGAUGAACAAAUCCCUAUCCUUACUUGAGGGACCUAUCUGCCUGACUCCCUGCACCGUGUGCAGUUUGUUUUAGUGGACAUAAACAUUAUGCCUGAGGUAUGUUUAUUAGCAUACACAAAGGCAUUUCAGAGGAGUGACAUACAGUAUGGUAACUGUCACUUCAGGGUAUACAUGCAGCAGCUGACAGUGGGCAUUGUGACAAAGCAGAGCCAAGAAUGGGCUGUAUGGCUGAAGUUAACAAGUGCAAAUAAAUCCCUUUUCCA